AUUUCAAAUAACUCUUAGCUUUCUUUCUCUUAUAAUUCAUUGUUUUGAAUUGAAAAAAGAAGACAAAUUAUUAUGAAAAAGUCGAUUAUUUUACUUGUUUGCCUUGUAGCCAUGUCGAUGGCUUUAAAAAGGAGCGAUAAUAAGAGAUCAAGAUCUCUAUUAAGAAGAUUUUUAACAAAUAGCAACAAUCUUGCAAAGAGAGCUGAAUGCAGUGACGAUUAUGAUUGUUUUUCUGAAGCUGACGAUGAGUGGUCAUAUUGCGGUGAUAAUGGACAGUGCGUUAACGUCUCUGUUAAUGGCUCCGAAGAACAUUCUGCUUGUGAAAGUGAUGAUGAAUGCUUUAGCGAAUUAGCUAAUGUUUGGGCUUAUUGCGGAGAAAAUGGUCGUUGUGUUUAUACCGAAGAAUCAUAA